AUGAUUGAUCAACAAUUCUAUCGAAACAAGCUGCAUGUGUACAAACAGGAACUCAAGGCAAUUGGGGUGAGAUUUGAAUUUCAGGAGGCAUCAUCUUACAUUGGAAGCCAUCUCAUGUCUAUGGCUGAAAGCAACAUGUUAACCAGAGACUGUGUGUACUCCUUGCUUCGGCUCAUUCGGUUCCUACGAGAGAAGGUUCUAUCUCCAAGUCAAUUGAUUGACAGUGUCAAAGGUGGAGGUUGGAUGAAGAAUACUCUUGGCUAUAGGCGUCCUUCUGAUUGUAUCACCAAAGAUUCAGAAUUGGCAGUGGCAUCUUGUAUCAGUGACCAACCAUUCCUUGAUGUCGAGUUCUACGGCGAGGGCAUCCUUUCAUAUAAACCAGAGCUGGAGUUGCUUGGUGUUAUUAUUGGGUUCAAAAACAAUUACCAUCUUGUUAUUGAUAACUUCAAGUUCAGAUCCUCUGCUAUUACUUCUGAGUCUACUGUAUUCAUCCUCAAAUGCAUCCUCUAUGUUGGUUCUUGUCAAGAUUUCAUAAGGAAGCUCAGAGAUUUGAAAUGGGUGAAGACUAAUGUGGGAUUUUGUGCUCCAAAUGUCUUUUUUCUUGUGGAUUCUGAAUGGGAGUGCUUUGUGAAGAUCUUCAAAGGACUUCCAAUAACUGAUUUAGGAUUUUAUGGGAGUGUGAUCAGUUCAUACAAAGAAGAGUUGAAGAAGGCCGGUUUGAUCACACGAUUUGAGGAGGCAUCGAAGGCUAUAGCCAAUGUUUUCAAGCGCAUGGUAUCUGAGUCAUCACUUACGAAGGCUAAUGCCUUAGCUCUACUACUAGCUUACCGGCAGCUGAGAACACACAGCCCACUUCCUGUUGAGCUUUUCAACUGCAUGCGCACAGAGAAGUGGAUACACACAUCACUAGGGUUCCAAUCUCCCUCAAAUACAAUCCUAUUUGAUAACGCAUGGCAAUAUCUAUCUCCCAUAGCAAUAUUACCGUUCAUGGAUGAUGGUGACACUUGUCAUGGUUUGGGGAAGGAAAUAUACGGUUAUAAAGAUGAGCUUAGGGAGUUGGGUGUUACUAUUGAAGUGAAAUUUGGUGCCAGAUUUGUCCUUGCUGGCCUCAGCAUUCCUGAUGAUCCUUCCAUUAUGUCUAAAGCUACCAUUUUGUCGUUUCUGGAGUGUAUCAAGAACUACUUUGACUCUGCAACUCAACCCCCAAAGGGCUUUAAAGACAAGAUUUCCAAGAAGUGGUUGAAGACAUCCUUGGGCUACCAAUGUCCUGAUGAAUGUAUUCUCUUUGAUGCAAAACAAUGUUUUCUACACAUGGAAGAUGGCCCUUUCAUCGAUGAAGCAUUCUAUGGUUCAGAGAUAGCUUCAUUCAAACAUCCCCUUGCGAUGAUUGGAGUGUCUGUGGAUUUUUAUUGUGCACAAGAUCUUAUUGCCCGGUAUUUGAGGAACAAAACAGAUACAGAUACUAUUUCCCGGAUCUACAUGUAUCUGAAGAAAUGUGACUGGAAGCCUGACAACAACAACAGAAAUUGGAUUUGGAUACCAAAUGAAACAGAGGGUGGAGACUGGGUGAGCUCAAGAAGUUGUGUUCUGUAUGAUAAGAACAAUCUAUUUGGCCUGCAGCUGCAUGUUCUGGACAAAUAUUAUGACAGAAAGCUGCUUGACUUCUUUUCACUUGCUUUCAGUGUGAGGCAUGGACCUUGUUCUGAAGACUACUGCAAACUAUGGGCCACAUGGGAGAGUUCGGUCCACGAGCUAGCCAUAUCUGAUGGCCUCGCUUUCUGGAAAUUCAUUGCAACGAACUGGACCAAGAAAACAGGGGAAAUUCUUUCUGGUUGUGUCAAGGUUCCAGAGAACGUGUUCAUACCUGAUGAUCUACUGCUGGCAGAUUUGCUCAGCAAGCAUCCUCAGCAAUCACUAUUCAUCUGGUAUCCUUCUUCUGCUCUACCUUCCAUGUCUCGAGCAAGGUUCAACCGCAUAUAUGGUAGUAUCGGUGUCAAGACAAUCUCAAAAGCAGUCACCAAGAAUGAUUCCUUCACUUCAGCUAAUAGCCGUUUCAAAACAGUGGUUCUGAGUAAGGUGAUCAAGGUUGGGUUGCUCCAAAUAGUCCUCGCAUACCUUUCGAAUCCUGCUUUUGACAUUCCUGCUGAAGAUAGGCACAAGAUGGUUUCUUGCCUCCUGAAUGUGACUAUCGAAGAGACCGAUGAACCGAUCACAAUGGCAUACAGUGUGAGUUUGUCCUCUGGAGAGGUGGUGGAGGUGAAGGCCAGACGAAUGCUUCGGUGGGAAAGGGAGAAUUCAAAGAUGUACAUGCAGAGAACUGAUGGCGUAUCCAGAUACGAAGACAAGAUUGAAUUUGCGACCUACUUUGCACAUGAGAUAUCUCAUGGGUUGCUGUUUCAGAUGCCAGAUCAGAUAUCUUUGCUCGCUGAACUCAUAAAAAUUGGCAGCUUACUGGACUUCGAGCCCCUGCCGCUGUUGCGUUCUUGCUGA